AUGAGGGCAACGAACCCAGCGAACAAAACAUCCGCGAUCUUGGAGGCGGCUUCUCGGGGGAAGUAUGGAGUGCUCGCAGCCAUCGCCUACAAUGUUGAGCAGUUGACUGCUCUGACACAAGCUGCUGAGUCUUGCCGCUCGCCGUUGAUUCUGCAGCUGUUUCCGUCAACACUGAAACAACUUCCAUCAUUGGUAUGGGCAGCCUCGGCGGCGUGCAAAGCAGCUUCUGUACCAAUAUCAUUGCACCUAGACCAUGCCCAAGACGAAGAACAAAUCCGGGAGAUUGCGGCGCAUCUGCCGUUUGACUCGAUCAUGGUGGACAUGAGUCACUAUGAACAUGAGGAAAACCUUCGAAAAACGCAUGAGCUUGCAGACCUGUGCCAUGAGCAUGGUAUAACCGUCGAGGCUGAAAGUGGCCGGAUCAAUGGCGGAGAGGAUGGGAUAGCCGACACCGGUGAGCUUGAAGCCUUGUUCACGACGCCGUCCGAGGUCGAUGACUUCCUGGCUGUCAACAUCGACUUCCUGGCUCCCAGCAUAGGAAAUAUUCAUGGUGAUUAUCCACCAUCCGGGCCCCAGCUGCAGUUCGAUCGUCUCCGUAGCGUUGGUGAGCAUAUCCGAGGCAAGGCGCAUCUGGUAUUACAUGGAACAAACGACUUCUCGCCUGGAUUGAUCCAACAAUGCGUCGCUGCAGGAGUAACCAAACUCAACGUCAACAAACUCUUGCUUGAGGUGUGGAGUAAUCACUUGAGAAAUCAUGCAGAUGACUCGAUCGUCAAGCUCAUCGACGGUGGUAUUGAGAUACUGCAAAAGGAGACGGAGAAGUGGAUGCGAAUCUGCGGAAGUGCAGGAAAAGCCUGA